AUGCCUAAGCUUCUUGUGACAGGCGUCGCCGGCUUCAUCGGAGGCCAUGUGGCUCGCGUGGCGCUGCUCUCAGGCCUCGCGGUCAGAGGCACGGUGCGCGGCACAACGCAUGGCAUCGACAAGGUGCUCACGGGGCUCGAGGUCGUGAAGGUCGAUCUACUCCACGACAGCGAGGCGGAGCUGGUCGCGGCGAUGUCGGGCUGCACCUACCUCGCUCACGUUGCGUCGCCCUUCCCAGGUGGCGAUGUGACUGACGACGAGAUGAGGACUGCUCUCGAGGGCACCGCCAAGGUGCUGCGUGCGGCGGCCGCGGCAGGCGUGAAGAGGGUCGUCCUCACGUCGAGUGUGGCCGCGAUCGGCGGCUCGGAGGACAAGGCCAAGGGAACUGCGAGCCGGCCGUUCACGGCUGAGGACUG